CUAUAUUCAACUUUUAUCAAAUUGGUUUCUGAAAUUCCAUGAAAAACUUCAUUUAUAAUUCCUGGCAACACUUUUUCGUGUACGUAUAUGGGAUUUAUUGGUGUGCAUCGGAUGAAGCAACCAAGUUGUCAAAAGGGCCAACCUAUUUUGCAGAGUCCAAUAAUCAACACCACAGGUACGACAGUACGGUUCCUUUCCUACUCACUCAUAUGCGUUAUGUUGCGAACAUAACCAUGACGUCACGCGCAAUCAGUUAAAACAACAUCACAAGUGCGAGUGAAACGACGACAUCAAAUGGAUACACCUGCUUCGCGGUGGCACUGCUUCUGAUCCAUCUGUCAAAACAAUAGGGUACUGCAAGCACCUGAUCUAACCUCAAUUUGUCUGACAGUUCAGCGAGCUUGUUUACAAGGUGUUAGAAUUUUUAACGAGCGGCGAAAAUUAGAUUUACUUUUUCCAUCCCGAAACCAUUACGGUACGGAAAUAUCAAUUAUAUUCAACUCUACACUGAAAAAAAAUGACACGAUCGAAUAAUGUGUUUUAACUUAUGGACUGAUUCAGAAGCGUCAACGUUAGUCUGAUGUGUUUUUCUAAUGUAUGCAAUGGUUUUUACACGUUAAAUUCAUCUGAUUAAAAACGUGGAUUGCUCAGCAAAGCUUACAUCACCGAUCCGAAUGUAAUUCACAUCAAUAUGAAAUUCGUUUCAUUUGGCUUCCAAGCAACUCUAUCUUAAGCUGAAUUCGAUAACCAAAACAUAACAAGCUUAUGUGUGAUUCCAUUGGAGUAGAAGUAUUUUUUUAUAUGAAUUUGCGCUACUGUUUUGUACAAUUGUAUUUCAUAUUUGGGAACAUAUGACCAAUGAAAAAAGUCAAAAGCGAGGUCAAACGUGUUUCAUCAUGGCCAACCAACAAACGAACUAAAGCGUGUCGUCUAUCAUCUUAUUUCCCGGAUAACUGUAAAGCUGAUAAAUUCUCAUGGGUGUGACGUACCUAGUGUUGGACAGGACAUCAAAUGUUUGUCCAACAGCAUACUGGUGCAGCUGGCGAAGGCUGAUCAAAAGCAACUCAACCUCGUUUUGAUAGUAAGUACAAGACUUAUCUAUAAAAUUAAAAAGUUCCAUCAAUUACGAGAUCAAUUAAGCUACCAAUUAACCAAUUUGUUUCCAAAUUAUUCUUAUUUAGACAUAUUCUAUUGCCUGCCGUGCCCGAUUUGGAAUCAAUUCACAUCAAUCAUCGCAAAGGUAUUAAAUACAUCUUCAUUGCAGAUGGCCAAAUUUAAUACUUAAUAGUUUUUUUUUUAAAUUAUUUCCAGGAGAAGACAUCUGUUGAUCAAUCGUCAGACCAGUUCCCAGACCCUUGCCCAGACCGUAAAUCAGAAAUUAGCAUUGGCAAAACAAUAAAUUGUUAUUUUAAUUUGAAGCUCCUGUUUUAAAAUAAUGUAGAGCACCGACUUCGCUUAAUAGUAAAGUGCUCUUAUUUCGCGCGAACUCUAGGUUUUGUUUUCAUGAUUUAAAUAUGAAUAGCAAAAGAUGUGUUUUCAAAGUAAAGUUAAUUUACCCUGAACACAUCAUUUGAAAUUCUGGACUAAAAUCGUGAUUGCAGAACUAUGAGCUCGCGUGAAAUAAGGGUACUUUACAUUAUGUAUUUAUACCUGGAGGACUACAAGGGUUGCAACACGAAAUCCAUGUGUAUCAAAACAUGAAUUUGAUGUUCAGCAUAAUGUUACAUUCACUAGGUUGAAAAUGUAUAUCUAUUGGCAAUUCAUUCAGUAUGCAUAUGCAUUUCAUUCAAAUACCGUGUGACGUACACAUAAGAAUCGAGUGAAUUGUUGAUAGAUCGGUGAAAAAAUAAAGUUUGUGAUUCUAUAUGUUCCACACGUGAAAUUCGAGGGUUUUACAAUUUGCGCAAAUCUAUAUGUAAAACAUACUACUCAGACGUGUCAAUUUUUUUCAGUGUAACUAGUACAAAACCAAUCGUCUAAUUACCGUUUUACUGAAAUUACAUCGAAAAACAGUUUUGCCGGAUCUCCGCCAGAGACUAAGUCCAUGUAAACAAGCUCGCUGAACUGUCAGUGCGCGGCUUCGUGACGUCAUCUUGCAGUAUCCUAUUGAUUGAUGCACCAAGCGAAAAGAAGAAGUUUUGACAUCCAAGCGGUGUGCCGUCGAUUAGAUCCUCGUCGCUGAUUGGUCGAUGGAUGUAAACGGCACACUGCUUGCAUGUCAAAACUCUUACCGCUUGGUGCAUCAAUCAAUGGCUGGUUUGUUUUGCCUUUGCGUUUGUUAUCGUUGUUCCUGCAAAGAUUGCUUCAGUUGGUGGCUGCAAAUCCGGCAAAUCCGCAGGAUUUUUGUAAUAUUUGCGUAUAAAUCUUUGUCCUGCUGCCUCCUGAUCAAGUGCAGGUAAGUGCCGUCAAGACCGCGAACGGGAAUAUUUGUGAUUUACCUGUGUUUUACCUUGACAUUUUUCAGAUGGAGACGGGUGAAGAAAAUGAUAUUUCUGUGAAACGUGGGUGGAGUUACGACGGUCUGUGGAAUCUGCCCAUCCAAAAUGCGCUUAUUCAGCCUCCUGAUCAAUUGCAGGUAAGUGUCAACAAGACCGAGCACGGAAAUGUUGGUGUGUAUAAACGAGAUUUUUUUCACAUUUUUCAGAUGGUGACGGUUGAAGAAAGUGACUUCCCGGAGAAUCGUGACUGGAACUGCGACGGUCAGAGGAAUCCGCACAUCCGAGCCGCGCCUAUUCUGAGUGGUCACCAAAUGCAGACAGUUCCCGAUCAACCCCUUGACCUUUGUAUGGAUCGCUCAGAUCAGAAAUCAUCAGGGCUGACUACAGCCUCUCCAAAGGAGCUUACACCAACACCAUCCGUUGUUUCUUCAAAAAAAGCACGAAAACCUUACAAGAGAUCAUAUCAAGCUUGUUCCUUAGAAACUGCUAUGGACAACAUCCAAGGUCGGGCUAUGCCAUUUAGUACCGCAUCCAAGAAAUACGGUGUUCCACGAAGCACUCUGCAAUAUCGCAUGAGUUGGAAAUACAAAAAUAAAGGAUCGCGGGGUCCGUACACCGUACUUUCCACGGAUGAAGAAGAACAUAUCGUCAAAUGGUUAAAAGACAUGGAUCGAAAAGGCUAUCCCAUUACACAGAAGAGCCUCCAGUACAAAGUGUGCAACUAUUUGAAGACCAAUCCCCGACCAAAUCCGUUUAAAGACAACAUACCUGGAAAGUCGUGGUUCAAACUGUUUAUGAAUCGGCAUCCCGAUUUGUCCAUUAGAACCCCCGAGGCUGUAACAGCAGCAAGUGCCAAUGUAACAGAAAAGGAUAUUCGUAACUGGUUUAGGAACGUGUACAGCUACCUGGUGGACAACAAUCUAGAUCACAUUUUACAUGAUCCUAGUAGAAUUUUGAACGGUGAUGAAACCGGGUUAAGUCUAAAUCCUAUCCCAAAACAUGUUAUCGCAUCGAAAGGAAAGAAAGAUGUCUCAUACAUUGAAACGGUAAACAGUAAAGAUAAUGUUACUGUCAUGUUCUCAUUUGCGGCUGAUGGCACUGUAUUCCCACCUGAUGUCAUACCCAAGCUGAAGCGUCUCAGCAGAGAAAUAUUGGUAUCAUUUCCUGGUGAUUGGGGACUUGGAACCUCGGAAAAUGGGUGGAUGGAUAGCGUAAACUUCGUAAAGUACAUCAGAAGUGUCCUGUACCCAACGCUCAAAAAGCGAGGAACAAAAUUUCCUGUGCUUUACUUCGUAGAUGGUCACCGCUCGCACACAUCAUUGGAAGCCGCCGAAGCGUGCCAAAAAUUGGGCAUAAUUAUGAUAGCGCUCUACCCUAAUGCUACUCGCAUAUUGCAACCCGCAGACGUGUCUAUGUUUAGGCCGCUCAAAGCGAAUUGGGAACAGAUCACUGAAGCUUGGAGAGUAGAUCAUCCUUCACAGCAAUUGACGCUCACUAAGUUUGCUCCGCUGCUCAAAGACGCUAUGGAGAAAUCGUUCACACUGAAAACCAUCGUUAACGGAUUCACUGUUUGUGGGUUGUACCCUUUCGAUGCCAAUGCGGUAAAUUAUGAUAAAUGCCUUGGUAAAUCCGCAGAAAAGCAAUCGAAUGGUUUACAAGAAAACACCGAUAACACAUCGUUCGCAGAAAAUUCAACGCUUCCAGUAUUGCUCACUAACGGAACAAAUGAUAAAGAAAACGAAGGAAUGGCAGAAGAUUCGUUUAAGCGAACCAUUGCAGUUCAGGAAGACGUUCUCACAAAGGCAAUUGAGAUGAUAGGAACAUCAAAGAUCAGUCUAUAUCUCACGGAAGAUCCUCUCAAUUUGUCACACGAAGAUCGCGCAUUAUCGUACAUCUACAAAAACAUCCUAGCUAUGAGUGACCCUUCGAGAACUCUGCUCAGUGCAUCCUCAUUCGAUCAGUCAACGGACAUCAUUCAGAACUUGAAUGAUGUUUCAUCAUACGACGAAGAAAGCCCGCUGAUUGACCUGCAAGAAGAAUCCAUCACAUUUGAUCAUUCUGGCGAAGAUCUUCAAUCAUCUUCUCUGCUCGAAGAUAACACGUUCGAUCACUUCGAAGUCAUUGACAUAUUCGAAGAAAGCGAUGAAACUGUUCAUGUUGGUGAUGAAAAUCUGAAAGAUGUCGAAUCUCCAGUAGUAUUCCGCGAUUCCACCAAUACUAUAAAGGACACUAGGAAAGUCGAGGAAUUCUUCACUUCACCGCCCACGCCAAAAAGGAACCCGAAACAUCGGAACUAUCAAAAUCGGACUCACUUCGUGCUCACGGCUGCUGAAAGGCUGGAUGAAAUGCGAAUCUCUGAAGAUAAAAAACUUGAAGCAAUUGAAAUGAAAAAGAAAAGGGCUGAAUUGCGUGAGGUUCGCAAGAAAGAGAAAGAGCAGAUGGCAGAAGAAAGAAAAGAGAAGAAAAAGCAAAGAGAAUUGAGUAAGCAAGUGGCAGCUGAGUUGUAAAAGCAAAAUGCUUUAAAAAGGAAGGAAGAAAGAGAAAAGAAGGAGGCUGAAAAAACUGUGAAGAAACAAAAAGUUAUAAAAAUGCUUAUUUAAUAAUAUCCCAGACGAAAGUCAAAUUCAUUCAGAAUUUUAAAUUGAUGGUUAUGAAUUAACCUAGAUUUGUAACAAUACAAAAUUUCAAACAAGCAAUAAAACAUCUUGUAAAAUUAAUCAUGACCAUUUUUUUAUUAAAACAUUGGUGAAAUUAAGUAAAUCGAUAUAAAAUUAUGAAUCCAUGAAAUAAAAUAGAAAACUGAAAAAUAAAUUAAUGU